UGCGUCGCGCUGUGUGUCGCAGCUUUGGUGACGUUUUUCCGAAAACUCUGUCCUCCGCUGCGGCCUAGCGCUCCCGUUCCCUCUCUCCCGUCACUUUAUUCGCUCAUGUCCAUCUUUCCGAACCCGAACCGAGCGGGAUCCGCUGCCGUAUGAGGGGGUAAAUACGGGACUGUCGAUUUAAACUAAGUUUUGACCCCGAAAGUGAGUGAAAUUACAGUAAACAGAGUGAGGAAGCGAUGACAUCCCGGAGGUGGUUCCAUCCCAACAUUACCGGAGUGGAGGCUGAGAACCUUCUACUCACUCGUGGUGUAGACGGCAGUUUUCUGGCCCGUCCCAGCAAAAGCAACCCUGGAGACUUCACGCUCUCUGUUAGGCGAAAUGGCGCCGUCACCCACAUUAAGAUCCAGAACACGGGAGACUAUUAUGACUUGUACGGGGGAGAGAAGUUUGCCACGCUAGCUGAGCUGGUGCAGUAUUACAUGGAACACCACGGACAACUGAAAGAGAAAAAUGGAGACGUCAUUGAGCUCAAGUAUCCACUCAACUGUGCCGAUCCCACUUCGGAGAGGUGGUUUCAUGGUCACCUGUCUGGUCGUGAAGCUGAAAAGCUGUUGACUGAGAAGGGCAAGAACGGAAGUUUCCUGGUGAGAGAAAGUCAGAGUCACCCGGGAGAUUUUGUGCUGUCCGUACGGACCGGCGACGACAAGACGGACAGCAGCGACAGCAAACCUAAAGUCACCCACGUCAUGAUACGCUGCCAGCAUGAUUUGAAGUUUGAUGUUGGUGGUGGAGAGAAAUUCGACUCCCUCACAGAUCUGGUGGAACAUUACAAGAAAAAUCCCAUGGUGGAAACGCUUGGAACAGUCCUGCAGCUCAAACAGCCUCUGAACACUACCCGCAUCAACGCCGCAGAGAUCGAGAGUCGGGUGCGAGAGCUCAGCAAGCUGGCAGAGGCCACUGAUAAGGUCAAACAAGGCUUUUGGGAGGAGUUUGAGACGCUUCAACAGCAGGAGUGUAAACUGCUCUACAGUCGCAAAGAGGGACAGCGGCCAGAAAACAAGAACAAGAAUCGAUAUAAGAACAUUCUUCCCUUCGACCACACGCGAGUCGUACUGGACGACGGCGAUGCAAAUGAGCCAGGGUCCGACUACAUCAACGCCAACCUCAUCAUGCCUGAAAUUGAGACCAAGAGCAACAAUUCAAAGUUGAAGCGGAGCUACAUCGCCACACAGGGCUGCCUUCAGAACACCAUCAGUGACUUCUGGAGAAUGGUGUUCCAGGAGAACUCCCGAGUCAUCGUCAUGACAACAAAGGAAGUGGAACGGGGAAAGAGUAAAUGUGUAAAAUAUUGGCCUGACGUGUCCGCGCUGAAAGAGUACGGAGCCAUGCGUGUACGGAACGUUAAGGAGACUUUGGCACAUGAUUACAUUCUACGAGAGCUGAAGCUAUCAAAAGUUGGACAGGGAAAUACUGAGCGUACAGUGUGGCAGUAUCAUUUCCGUGCCUGGCCUGAUCACGGUGUGCCCAGUGACCCUGGCGGCGUGCUGGACUUCCUGGAAGAAGUCAAAAUGAAGCAGGAGAGCAUAACAGGGGCUGGACCCAUCGUGGUGCACUGCAGUGCUGGGAUUGGACGAACAGGAACGUUUAUCGUGAUCGACAUCUUAAUAGAUAUCAUCAGAGAAAAGGGAGUUGACUGUGACAUUGACGUGCCCAAAACUAUUCAGAUGGUUCGAUCUCAGCGUUCAGGAAUGGUACAGACAGAAGCGCAGUAUAGAUUCAUCUAUAUGGCCGUGCAACAUUAUAUUGAGACUCUACAGCGCCGUAUAGAGGAGGAACAGAAAAGUAAAAUUAAAGGACGUGAGUACACCAACAUCAAAUAUUCUCUCUCUGACCUCACUGGAGGAGACCAGAGCCCUCUGCCGCCCUGCACACCUGUGCCAACGCCAACCUGUGCCGAUAUGCGUGAUGACAGCUCUCGAGUGUAUGAGAAUGUGGGACUAAUGCAGCAGCAGAAGAGUCACAGAUGAGAUUAAGAUUCCAGCACCGUUUAAAACACAGGAAGUGUUUGUGUUGUUGCCAGCCGCUCCUGAACGCCUGAGAUGUGACUAUGAAUAUACGGAGAAAUGACACACAUAAAAAAAGAAACAAAUCUAGCGAGGGGUCCACACAAGCUCAGAGACAUAAGGAUGGAGUGAAUUUAAUGCGUAGCCUUUCAACCCCACUCUCUGAAACCACUGUGACUAUCAUGACGCCUUAUGCUAAAUAAACCCAAAACAGCCCCUGCAAAAUCACAUUCUUUUGGGUGUGGACUUCACUCAGAUUCAUCCAGGCUACAUUUAGCACAUGUGGAAAAGCGAUAGCAUUUUUUUUUUAAUCUUUAAAAUCAUCCCUCGUUCAUUUUACUUUGCCUUUCUCUUUUAAACAAAGCAAGAAUACUUUCUGAAAAACAUUAUGAUAUUAUAAUGGAAACAGGACACUGAGUAUCUGAAAUAAUCAUGUUGUCUUUUACUAAAUUUAUCGGGAACAAAACACAAGGGAUUCUCGUCCAUGGAAAGGGAUAUUCUAUAUCUGCGAAUAUUGUUUUAUAUGCAGUAAAAAAGGCCAAUUCAUUACUAGGCGAAUAUCAUUAAAACAUGUUAAAGUCUUAUUUCAACGCCAAAACUUAAAAGAAGACGUAAGAAAUUAUAUUUUGCAUUCAGGAAAUUAAGAAGUGUAUAUAUUAGGACCGUACAGAUUUUAAUUUUAAAUAAAUAAAAAUAAUUCCCUCUAAUUCUCGUAACUGUAAUGCAUUAGAAUGUUUAACUUGUGUGCACUGAAUUUUUUUUUUUUUUUACUGAGUAUAUUUGUCUUGUUUUCCAGUAAAAUAUCUAAACGUUCUUAAACAAGAUACAUUUCCUUGAGCAGAAAAAUUACGUUUUUUUUUUGUCUUGUUUUCACAGAAAUCUUAACACUCGUAACAAGAAAAAAAUAUUUGCAAAUGAGGUAUAAAAAACCCCAUUGACAAAUAAUGUUUUUCUUGUUGAACUCCAUUUAAUUUUGUUAGAUUUUUAAGACUUAAUAUCUUACGUCAUUCUGCUUCUUGAGUAAUUUUUUCUUGGGUUAAAAAUGUUUAAAUAUUUUACAGGACAAUAAGACAAAAAAGCAUUUUUGCAGUGCGUUUUGUUUUUUUAAAUUCCCAUUAUUCUCAGUGGUGAUUGGUGAUUCUAAUUACUAUAGUACAGUAAUUUGUUCUGUUUACAACAAAUACUACCAUGAUGUAUACUUAUUCUACAAUUUAAAUGAUAUACCGGUACAUCCUUUAUCACAUUACAGUAGCGAGAAUUUAAGGGGGAAAAUUCAUUGCUUCAUUGUCAUGAAAAUAUGUCACAAUGCAAAAAAUCUUAAUGGUCCUCAAAAUUGGCUUUCUUUUGAUUUUAGUUUUAAAAUAUAAUCUGGACAUGUUCUUGACAUGUUUCCUGAGAUUCGCUCUACUAAAUGAAACUAAUUGUGCCGGUGCCAUUUUAACGGUAGACUAAAUUCAGACUUGAACGAACAAUCCCUUGUAGUAUCAGGUUGAAGAAUUAAUGAUGUCCCAUUGUGUAAUUUUAGAAGUCCUUAUUUUUUCGUCCUCUGCCUUCACUUAAAGCCCAGCGUCCUUAAGAUUCUGCUCCUAAACAGCAGGGGAACUUAAGUCGGGUCAGGACACCCCUGCUUUUGCCUUUUGUCCCCUUCAAGAGAGAUAUUCUGUGACUGAGGACUUUUUCAUGGGACAAAUCGUCCUGUCCCUGGCUUGUUCUGCGUGCAUCAGGCCAUCCUGCAGCUGUCUUUGCUUGGUUGCAUACCUGUUUAUUAAUUAUUUUUAAUUAUAUUUUACCAUCUUUAAAAGAAAAAGAUAAGCGUAGUACUUGCGCACAGAGUACCGUAUGUGAAAAAGUGACUGAACAUUUGUAACCCUGUUGAUUUCAAGCUUGUAAAGAGCAUUGGAUAAAUUAGGGGUUUGAAAAGUGUUAUUAGGGCCCUCUAUGAUGGACAAACUUGAUUUGUGGUUUAAAAAAAAAAAAGCUUGUAUUUUUUUUUUUUUUUUGCCAAGCCACAAGCCUACAUUUUCUUGCAAUGCUGUCUUCUGAUUUUCUGUUUCUUUUUCUCUUUAAACACUUUAAUAUUUGCUUACUUCACUAAACCAAACUUUUGUCCUUUUGUUGUUUCUUGUUGCAUUCGAUGUCAGCAGUAUUUUGCAACUCAUAUAUUUAAAUGGUUUUCGCAAGCGCUUUUAGAAAGUUAAUGCACCUUUCCUUGUCAUUUCGAACACUGUCAGCAUUUGGCAUCUGCAAAUCUUUCUUUACUUCAUUCACAGCCUUCAGGAAAAAGUGUCUUUGCCAACUUGCUGCAUUUACAUUCAUCAUUUCUAGUCUUGACUUUCUUCACUCAGAACUACGGCUUUUGAAAAUGUGUAAAAACACACAAAAAAUGCUGAGUCGGUGCUCUUUGAGUUUGUUUACUCACAGGCAGCGAGAACAGCCUUUUAGCCCAGGGGACAUAUCGUGUAUCUGGUGUACUGUUGUGUGUUUAUUGUCCUGAAGAGUGCAAGUGUGUUUGUAUCUGAGAAUACUGCUGUUUGCUCUUUGAAGUCCCGUCUUCUGUUUCAGCCAUGCUUUUUUUUCUUUUCUUUUCUUAAAGGAACACUCUGUCUCAAUGAUGUAAAUAUUUACACACAACUGUGUGUGUGUGUGUGUGUGUGUGUGUUUGUGUGUGUGUGUGUGUGUGUCAGUGACCAAUUUAAUAUUUUUCUUUUAAAACUAAAAGUCCCAGUUCUCUUCACCAAGCUACACGGAAAGCAAACUGUCCAAAACAACUAAUACGAAUUUUUGUCAUUGUGAAGAAAACGCAAUGGUUGUUGAACUCAAUGCAAACAAACUAUAUUUUUUAAACUUGUAUAUUGUACAUGAAUAUCUUGUAGAGGAGAAUGUACUUACUAAACGUAUGUAAUUGCCAUUAAGAUAUACUGUAUGUUUAACCCAGCAUCUCUCUCGUGCCAGACAGUUAGCCUUACACAAGCUAAAAGAGUUGAUCGUGUUGUUCUACUAGCAAUGCAAUUAACCAACAUGAACUCAUACAUAACAAUAAACAAGAAGCUCACAACUUAA